CCUCGCUCCGCUUAGACACCAAAAGUGCCCUAAACUCAUCAGGUGGGGAACUUCUAUACACCGUGCGGUAGUUACCGAGCAGGCGGCAUUGGCGCCUUUAUUAACACGGCUCUACAGGCUGAGGUACCGAGCGCAGCUUUUUGCCAAGGCGCGCUAUCCCAUUGCGUGUGCGCUCCGGCCAGGGACACGCUACCCCACCGGCCAGGUGUGAGGGCGGCGGCACGUGACGGCUGCGGAGACUAGAGAGCCCGCCAGUAACUCCACGCACACACCUGUCACAGGUAGAUAUGGUAUCAGUGCGCGGGCCCCUCCUGUGCGCGGCGCUGCUCCUCCUGCUGUCUCAGCUUCCCGGGGAGCUCAGAGCAGAGUACGGCGUCAAACUGUGCGGCCGGGAGUUUAUCCGGGCUGUGAUCUUCACCUGCGGAGGUUCCCGCUGGAAGAGGCUGUCGUUGGAGGCGGAGGACGGCGGCGACUGGCGGAGGGACACUCCGGGAUACAGGAGGAGGACAGGAGAUGCAGCCAUUCAGGAUUCCAGCAACAAAGAGUUAAAUCAGCUAAAGCUGCAGCCGUUUUUGGAAUCGCGUAUAGAUCACCUUGAGAAUGCAGAUUUCCCUUUAAGACAGCGCCCACUGAAAGAUACUUUGAAUAUAUACGAUGACUACAGUGAUUAUGCACCCAGCUCCGAUGACUUCAAUGCCUAUGUACGGCAGGCGGAAGAGUCUACUCGAAAGGCCCAAAGUGGAGCAGAAGUCAGUGGUGUUGUAGGAUCAGAUAGAUUCCCAUGGAUGAAUAGGAGAAGGCGAGAAGCAUCUGUCGGAGUAGCAGGCAUAUGCUGCAAAUGGGGGUGCACAAAGGCAGAGAUAAGCACCUUGUGUUAACAUGUAACCGAAGAUUUAUUUCUGCAUAAUGUACACGGACAUCAUUUAAAUAAUGCGGAUUAUUUUAUUGCAUAAUUUGUAGAGGGACAGCAUUAAGUAUUGGGUCCUUCACUAUUUGUACUUUUACUGAAUGCCUUUGUGAAGGCUUUAAGCGGCUAAUGUGGUUCAUUUAGUUUGUCAAUAAAAGUUGUUGUUUUUCUGCUGC